AUGGCGUCAGAUCUGGGUCCAAAGGCGCAACUCAACGCCCCGUCCGAGAGUCGGUCUGGUCUUCGUCACGAAAUCGAAGGCCUGUGCCAUCACGAUCACGAACAUGAGAGCCACAAGUUCCGCCAUCACGACAACUCCAACGAAGAAAACAUCUCAAUUCCUUCAAACUCCAAACAUGCUGAGCAGGCCAUCGCGCCCUUCCUGGCCAAGCACAUCCCGACUCAGUACAACCCUGUUGGCCACUUAAUACCCCAGUCCACCUCCACCGACCUCAACCACGAACACCACCAAGACCCUUCAAGCACAAAGUUCUGCUACCGCCAUCGUCCUGAUCUCAAGUGCAGGCGUCAAGCCAACGAGCCAUCCAUGGAGCAACUCCAAAACCAAGCCAUUUCCCAUGUCUGGUCUCUUUUCUCCGCCGCCCCUUCCAAACACCGCAAUCUUAUGCUCCAGGGCAUUCUCUCCCAAUGCUGNUUUCCCCAGCUCUCCUACAUUUCCGCUUCCGUCCGUGACUUGAUCAAGAUCGACUUCCUCUCUGCCCUGCCUCCGGAGCUUGGCUUCAGAAUUCUCUGCUUCCUUGAUACCACUUCAUUGUGCAAGGCUGCCCAAGUCAGUCGACGGUGGAGGAGUCUGGCCGACGAUGACGUCGUUUGGCACAGAAUGUGUGAGCAACACAUCGACCGAAAAUGUACAAAAUGUGGUUGGGGUCUGCCUCUGCUCGAGCGCAAGCGAUUGAGAAUCGAAAAGAGACAGAUACAACUUCGCGCCAUCUCGAGAGGCAACAAUGAAUGGUCGCCAACAAUUACCCCGCUUGCUGAGGACCCGGUGUUUGUCAACAACGCUACAACCGCACCAAAUACUCAGGCUCUUGCCAUAGUAGGUGAGAAGCGCAAGCUUGAAGACGAGCAAGCUCCACCGCAGAAAAAGUUGUGUACUCCAGCACCGGGUGAAGAGGAGGUCAAUUCAUACUUUCAACCACAAACAAGGAGGCCUUGGAAAGACGUGUAUAAGGAUCGCUUCAAGGUCGGCACCAACUGGAAAUACGGCCGAUGCUCGACAAAGAUUUUCAGAGGCCACACUAAUGGUGUCAUGUGCCUGCAAUUUGAUGAGAAUGUCUUGAUCACAGGUUCUUAUGAUUGCACAGUGAAGGUAUGGGACAUCAAAACAGGAACAGAGCUGAGAACGCUUGAGGGCCAUACAUCAGGCAUUCGCACGUUACAAUUCGACGACCAGAAGCUUAUUACCGGAUCCAUGGACAACACGACAAAGGUCUGGGACUGGCGUACUGGAAAAUGCCUGCGGACUUUCCAAGCUCAUACAGGUGGUGUUAUUUGCGUCAACUUUGAUGCUGGUUACAUCGCUUCGGGUUCAAUGGAUCAUACCAUCCGAGUCUAUGAGAUUCGAAACAAGGCAUCUUAUUUGCUCAAGGGUCACACGGAUUGGGUCAAUGCGGUAAAGCUCGACGUCGUUUCGCGUACGUUAUUAUCUGCCUCGGAUGAUUGUACUGUUCGUCUAUGGGAUUUGGAUACGCGAAGGUGCAUCAAGGUUUUCGAAGGACACGUCGGCCAAGUGCAGCAGUUGGUAGCUCUUCCGCCAGAAUUCGAGCUCGACGAAGCCGAUCUGCUUUCCGGAGAGAACGAGGAUGACACAUCAUCUACUUCCUCUGGACCAUCGCCUGCUCAUAAGCAUUCACAUCACCCAGCAACUACAGCUACCGAAAGUGCUGUUCCAUUCUGGCCUGACGAGCCUGAUCGUCCAGCACCUCCUCGAUACAUGCUUACAGGUGCUCUUGAUAGCACGAUUCGCCUGUGGGACGUGCAUGCCCCUGCUGUGUCGCCAGCUGUAGAUGCGGCAGAUCCUGUUCAGAAGCCACCUACCACCAACGCAUGCUUACGCACCUAUUUUGGACACGUCGAAGGCAUAUGGGCGCUCGCAGCAGAUCAUCUGCGCAUGGUGUCCGGAUCAGAAGAUCGUACAGUAAAGAUCUGGGAUCCUCGAAGCGGCAAGUGCGAGAGAACGUGGACUGGGCACGCUGGUCCUGUGACUUGUAUUGGACUCAGCGACAGUCGACUUGUCUCAGGAAGCGAAGACUGCGAAGUGCGCAUGUUAUUGUUCAACACUGGAGAAGGAAAUGAAGGCUGUGAAGAGCAAUGA